AUGCAACCUCAAGACAACUUCCAUUCGCAUCUCUCGCCGAUGACAGAUAUAAACAACAACAAUAAUAAUAAUAAUAAUAAUAACAAUGGUGGUAAUAAUAAUAACAGUAUUGGUGUAGACAACAGCAGUCAUGCUCCCCAACAUCCAUAUCCACAAAUACCACAAAUACAACAAAUACACCAAUUACAUCAAACGCAACAAAUACAACAAACACAACAGCCACCAGCAAUAAUGGCAUUACAACCAAAUAUAUAUAUGAGGAAGCGUUCACGGUGUGAACCAUUUGUGUCACCGCUGUCUUUGUUGCCAUCACCACAGGAGGAACAUAAUAAGUCACCGAGGACAGCACUGCAGAUGCAGUCGCCAGUGCAUCCUUCAUCGUCGAAGCUGGCCUCCACAUUUGUCCCCAUCUCGCCAAACAGUGGAAAGCAAAUAGGUCAUUCUGCACAUGAGCAACAAGGUUGCGAACGAGAAGUAUUACUACCAAUCGAUAUAUUAGAU